CUCUGUCUUUCCUUCCUGCCCAGUACCCCACCGAGCAGGCUGAGCCACGUGCAUGCAUUAACAAUUUGCUUACUUGUACCUAAACGUCCAGUUCCUUGUGUUUCACGGAAACACACGACAGCACCAUGGUGAAGUUAGCAAAGGCAGCAACUAAACAAGCAACUCAGAAGAAAAAGGCCCCUCCACCCCCAAAAGAAGUGGAGGAGGAAUCAAGUGAAGAGGACAGCAGUGAUGAGGAGGAAGAGACUCCUCCACCCAAAGUGGUGAAGAAAGCGACACCAGCUAAAGCAGCCCCAGUUAAAAAUGGCACUGCCAAAAAAGCAGAAAGUGAAGAUGAUGAUGAUGAUGAUUCUGAGGAGGAAUCUGAAGAGGAGGCCCCACCACCAAAGAAGACCCCAGCAAAAGCACCUGCUAAAACCACACCCGCCAAGGCAGCCCCUGCAAAGGCUGAAGAGUCUGACGAUGACGACGAUGAUGAUGAUGAGUCUGAAGAAGAGGCCCCACCACCCAAGAAAGCAGCUAAACCAGCUGCUAAGGCCCCAGUGAAGGCCAAACCUGCAAAAGAGUCCUCUGAUGAGGAUGAUGAUUCUGAAGAAGAGGCCCCACCUCCCAAGAAGGCUACUCCAGCUGCCAAACAAGCUGCCAAGGCCAAGCCAGCUAAAGAGGAAUCAUCUGAUGAGGAUGAUGAAGAUGACUCUGAAGAGGAAAUGGACACCGCUCCUGCUCCCGCUAAAGCAAAGAAAGCAGGCAUGGUCAAGGCCAAGGAAGAGUCUGAGGAGGAGGAUGACGAUGAAGAUGAUGACGACGAUGAUGAUGAUGAUGACGAUGAAGAUGAUGCCCCAGUGACCCCUGGAAAGAGAAAGGCAGAUAGCAAAAAAGAAACCCCACCUGCCAAGAAGGCAAAGUCAGAGGGUGAAGGGUUCUGUCUAUUCGUUGGAAAUUUGAACUCCAACAAGGACUUCGAUGAAAUCAAGUCAUCCCUGAGAAAAUUCUUCUCCAAGAACAGCCUUGAGGUCGUCGAAGUUCGGUUAGGUGGAUCCAAGAAAUUUGGGUAUGUGGACUUUGCAUCUGAGGAGGACAUGCAGAAGGCACUGGAGUUAAAUGGCAAGAAGGUCAUGGGUCAGGAGGUGAAGUUGGACAGGGCCCGAAGCAAGGACAGCUCCCAGGAGGGCAAGAAAGAGAGGGACGCACGCACACUGUUUGUGAAGAACCUCCCCUUCUCUGCAACGGUUGACGACCUAAAGGAAGUCUUUGAAGAUGCUGUUGAUGUAAGGUUACCCCCAGGCCAGAAUGGUUCAAACAGAGGCAUUGCCUACAUUGAAUUCAAAUCUGAGGCAGAAGCAGAGAAGAUGUUGGAGGAGGCACAGGGUGCUGAUGUACAGGGGAGGUCCAUCAUGGUCGACUUUGUGGGAGAUAAGAGCCAGAAAGGUGCCAGAGUAGGAGCAGGAGCACCAGCAGCUGCCAGUAAAACACUGGUGGUGAACAAUCUCUCCUUCAGUGCUACAGAGGAAGCCUUGCAAUCCACAUUCGAAAAGGCCGUCUCCAUUCGUAUUCCACAGAAAGAUGGCAGAGUUAAAGGUUUUGCUUUUGUAGAGUUUGAAAGCACAGAUGAUGCCAAGGAAGCCCUUGACAACCUGAACAACACAGAAAUUGAAGGCAGAUCAAUCCGACUGGAGUUCAGCCAGAACAGCGGUGGAAGAGACGGGGGCAGAGGAAACUCGGGUCCAACAAAAACCCUCUUCGUCAAAGGUCUCUCAGAGGACACAACAGAUCACACCCUUAAGGACUCUUUUGAGGGCGCUGUAGCAGCCAGAAUAGUCACAGACAGAGACACAGGGUCAUCAAAAGGCUUUGGCUUUGUAGACUUUGACAAUGAAGAUGACUGCAAGGCAGCCAAGGAAGCAAUGGAGGAUGGUGAGAUAGAUGGCAGCAAGGUGACCCUAGACUACGCAAAGCCCAAGGGUGAAGGGGGCUUCCGUGGAGGCCGUGGUGGUGGAGGUUUCGGAGGCCGUGGCGGUUUCGGCGGCAGAGGUGGAAGAGGAGGCCGUGGUGGUUUUGGCGGCGGCCGUGGUGGUGGUUUUGGCGGCGGCAGAGGAAGAGGAGGCCCUCGUGGAGGUGGACGUGGUGGCUUUGGAGGUGGAAGAGGUGGCGGUGGAUUUGGAGUCAAACCCCAGGGGAAGAAAAUCAAGUUUGAUGACUAAAUCUUAGUCUAUUUUACUUUUUGAAUGGACUCUGGUUUCACGGAUUUUCAGAGCUUUUGGACAUUCCAGAAAGCGUCAUUGAUAUAUAUAUUUAACUGUUAAUGGGCAUUUUAGCCCUUUAUUUAGACUCCUAAAACCCUUCCCCACCCUUUUGUGCCAGAAUGGCACUGUUGACCUCCUCAGCUCAAGUGCUACAUGUGAGUACUGAAUGUCCUGAAUGCAAACCUGCACCUCUCACCCCUCAUUAUCUUACUUGCUUUUCCGAAGGAGUAAAAUGGAAAGGGUCUGGCAAACAAGUUUGCUGUGAAAAACUCGCUCGUCUUUGUCAGAAACAUUGUGUAAAUUUAAACAGUUUGUAUGAUUUUCAUUUUACCUUUUUUGUAAAAAAAAAAAUACACCUGUAUUCAUAUGUUUUUGUUUUUAUUCUUUGUCAUUUAGUUUGCUUUAGGUGCCAAGUUUUACUGUAAUGUGCAAAGCAUAUUUUGAUAGAUAUGAGUCAGUGCUGAGAGAAGAGUUUGGGUGUUUGAUAUGGCAGAGCUAUUCCGUUUGUUUGGUGGGGCACAGUCAGUGUCUCUUUCAGAGGAUGAAAGACCUCUAAUCAAUGUAACAUAAAAAAUAUUUGUAGUGCAUUGACUAAUUUUUCCCAUCUGAGAAUCUGAAGAUUUUCAUGUGAUUAAAUAAAACCUUGUAGGUGGUGAUUUUUAAA